UCCUUCCACCUUCAUCAUCUUGUAGACUAGAGAAUCAAACAGAACCCAUAAAGCAAUCUGCUCCCAACUUUUUGAACAACCCCAAAUUCAGAGCCUUUCAUUUCAGCUCCCUUCAACAACUACUGAAGAACCUCUCAAACACAAUGUAUGUGUAUCCCAAGGUGAAGGUCAGGCAACAAGAAGAGAAAGAUGAUCAACAUGCCCUUCUUGAUUUUUCUACUCCAGUGAAGGACCAAGAUGUUUCUCCAGCUACCGUUGCAAAAGUUCCAAAAUCUUAUGUUCCAAGAGUAGUUAUGCCAUCGAUCUCUGUUGCUGAAGGAGCAAAGAAGGCCAAUAAGAUUGAAGAGAUGAAUAAACAAAAUAUUAGAGCCAGCUCAAUCCCUCCACCUCGUGCUGUCUUAUCCAGUCCUGACAAUGAUACGGUGAUUGGAAACAAAAAUAGGAUUAAAGCACAACGACCAUCUGCUCUGAAGAAUCAUAGCUUGGUUCAGAAUAGAAGUACACCAUGUAUUCCACUCCACAUUACUGAAAACUCCAUAAAUACAAAAAAAUCCAAGGGGACUUUAGUUGAGAACUGUCUUAAGGAAAGGAAAGGAUCAGCAUCAAAACUAACAAGUCAGAUACGGCCAUCAAGAACUGGAAAAUCAAGCUCUAAGGAAAAUUUGCAACAAACCAGGACUUCCAAGACUUGCAGUCUCCAACUUCAGUCCAAUUUAUGACAAACUCCUCGGCAAACUUUUGCUUCCACAACUCAUCAUCAUUAGCCAGAUUUCGCAGCUCCUUACAGACACAUGACACUCUUGCAAUAUCCUCACCAGGCAGCGACUUCAAAAUCUUUGCUCCAAGCUCU